GCUGUGCCAGCUGGCCCUGGCAGUCCCCAGCAGCAUGGCAGUAAAGCUCAGGGCCUUCCUGUUGGUGUUUGGACUCAGUCUGGCUUGGCCAGCUUCUGCCCACCGGAAGCUCCUGGUGCUUCUCCUGGACGGUUUUCGCUCAGACUACAUCAGUGAGGACGCUCUGGCAUCCUUGCCUGGCUUCAGAGAGAUUGUGAACAGGGGGGUCAAAGUGGAUUACUUGACUCCGGACUUCCCCAGCCUCUCCUAUCCCAAUUACUACACCCUAAUGACCGGCCGCCACUGUGAGGUCCACCAGAUGAUCGGGAACUACAUGUGGGACCCCAGAACCAACAAGUCAUUCGACAUCGGGGUCAACCGAGACAGCCUGAUGCCCCUCUGGUGGAACGGCUCGGAGCCACUGUGGGUCACCCUGAUGAAAGCCAGGAGGAAGGUCAAUAUGUAUUACUGGCCAGGCUGUGAAGUUGAGAUUCUUGGUGUGAGACCAACUUACUGCCUGGAAUACAAAAAUGUUCCAACAGAUAUCAAUUUUGCAAAUGCAGUCAGCGACGCUCUUGACUCAUUAAAGAGGGGCAGCGCUGAUCUAGCAGCCAUAUACCAUGAGCGCAUCGAUGUGGAAGGCCACCACUACGGCCCCUCAUCACCUCAGCGAAAAGAUGCCCUCAGAGCUGUGGACACUGUUCUGAAGUACAUGACCCAGUGGAUCCAGGACCGAGGCCUGCAAGAUGACCUAAAUGUCAUCAUUUUCUCAGACCAUGGGAUGACUGACAUCUUCUGGAUGGAUAAAGUGAUUGAGUUGAGCAAGUACAUCAGCUUGGAUGACCUGCAGCAAGUGAAGGACCGAGGGCCUGUCGUCAGCCUGUGGCCAGCCCCUGGAAAACACACUGAGAUCUAUCACAAACUCAGCACAGUGGAACACAUGACUGUGUAUGAGAAGGAAGCUAUACCCAGCAGGUUCUAUUACAAGAAAGGGAAAUUUGUCUCUCCUUUGACUUUGGUGGCUGAUGAAGGGUGGUUCAUAACAGAGAAUCGAGAGAUGCUUCCAUUUUGGAUGAACAGCACUGGCAAGCGGGAAGGCUGGCAGCAUGGGUGGCACGGCUAUGACAACGAGCUCAUGGACAUGAGAGGCAUCUUCCUGGCCUUUGGACCUGAUUUCAAGUCCAACUUCAGAGCUGCUCCGAUCAGAUCCGUGGAUGUCUACAACGUUAUGUGCAAUGUGGCAGGCAUCACCCCGCUGCCCAACAAUGGAUCCUGGUCCAGGGUGGUAUGCAUGCUGAAGGGCCCAACCAGCUCGGCUCCAUCUGCCCUGCUAAACUGCGCCGCACUGGUCUUCAUUCUCCUCUUACGCUUUGCGUAGGCGGUCAUGCUGCUCGUUCCAAAGCACUGGUGCCGUAGAGCCUGCCUCCAACACCGGACAGUUUUCGUUCUCUUUUAUGAAUAAUAGCUUUAUUAACACAAUCAAGGCCAUUAAAGUUGUAAAUAUAUUAUUCUUGGAUGAUUCUAUACUCCUUCGAA